AUGGACGCACCACCAGUCACCAUCUACAACCUCCCAACUAGCCCAGCCAGGUGGGACUGGGUUGGAGUAUUCUACGUUGACCUUUGCGUCGUUUGGACCCUCCUGGUUCUUUUUGGUAUGGCUUUCUGCUGGAAAAACCGCAGCAAUCCAUUACUCAGACUCCGCGGCCUCCUUCUUUCGUUUUCUGCGAUUGUUCUCCUUCACAUCUACUGGAUCCUCGGCCAGAUCGUGUACACAGUCGGACCUACCAUACCUAUAGUUCUGGCAUAUGACAUACAGUACUUCUUCAUGGGAAUCUGGUUCCCUCUCGGCAUUGCUCUUUUCCACGCUAGCAACAGCCGACUUCUUCAUGUAGCUAAGCUGCAAAAGAAGUAUAGCAGCGCACGCUUGAGAGACCAGUUUAAUGCGGUACAUCCUCGCAAUUCUUGGCUGUGCCGAUUUAGAAGCUUGGAAUAUACCAAAAAGCUGUUGGUCCUCACAGGGAUUGGUAUGGUCGUCCAGGUUAUCCUAACAGUCGGCAUGUGGUUAGCAUGUCGCAAAUACCAUCCUACCUAUGGUAUUCCGGGUACCGAGAUCAAGAGUCAGACACUUCCUGAGCAAAUAGUUGAGUUGGGCCGGGGCUGGGAGUGGUGGCCCUCUGUGCUCUGGCAAGUAGUUUGGACAUGGAUGGUUGCACCCUUUCUGCUUUGGAGGACAUGGAACAUCCGCGAUACUACGGGGUGGCGAACCCAAACGAUCGGCUGCUGCCUCUCCAGCCUACACGCAACACCUAUGUUCUUGAUUGCAAGCUAUGUACCAGCGUUCGCGCCUGUCAACUUCUACUUCCCUCCAAGCUCAUGGAUUCACGUCUCAAUCUUUCUUAUCGAGAUCUUUGCUGUAUUCGUCCCUGCGUUCCAAGUCAUCAAACAACGUAUCCUCGUCAAGCGCAUCGAAAGUCUGAAUGUCGAGUGGUAUGCCACGUCCUCAACUUCCACUCUCCAAGAGCUCAAUGAUCUACGAAGAGGUUCUCAGGUAGCUACUCGUAUCGGCGAAAAGGGAGGAUAUGAAUCGUCAGAUCAAGAGAUGAAAGAUACCCUCCUGACAAUCAGCGCCUUCAACUACACCCUCAACAGCAAUCCUGGACCCCUCCAAGACUUCUCAGCGCUGAACGACUUUUCUGGAGAGAACAUUUCUUUCUUGACUGAGGUUACUAGGUGGAAGAUCUCGUGGCGUGCAGAGCCAGACGAGGCAGAUGUUCGCGAUGCGUAUAAUGCUGGACUGGAUAUAUACGCCACAUUCAUCAGUCCUCGCGAUGCCGAGUUUCCGCUGAACCUUGGAUCCGCAGAUCUCAAGUACAUGGAAAAGAUGUUCGAAGGAGCUGCACGAGAGACAUUUGGACAAACGAACGUGCACCCAGCUGUACCGUUUGAAACCACGAUGUCCCUUGAGUCAGCACCAACUUUAGUCAUGGAGAGGCCUAACUAUAGUGGGAUUAUCCCUGCCGAGUUCGGACCUAAUGUCUUCGAUUCCAUUGAGCAACACAUCAAGUAUCUCGUUUUGACGAACACAUGGCCAAAGUUUGUCAAGGAAAUGCAGGCACGGAGGCGCUCUGGGGAAACAACACGGAGUGGCUAUUCGGCUUCAUCCGAGACAUCUAUUGUCAGUCGACUUUCAAGCAAGAUGUCCAAACUCUUCUAUCAUAUUGGCUAA